ACCUCAGUUAAUCAAAAGCCUGUGUCAGAGCAGGCAAACAAAUAGGAGCUGCACAAUGAAGUGCCACAUCUUUUUCAUCCUGUUCCUGAUCUUGGAAUCAGAGUGUUCACCAGAUGACGGAUUCUUCAUCUCAGCCCCCGGAGUGUUCCAUGUGGGUGUUAAUGAGAAAGUGUUUGUCCAGAUGGGAAAGUCUCAUCUUAAUUAUCCUGUUACUCUCUACUUGGAGCGUGAGAUCGGCAAUAUUGUUGUGUCGGCCAAGAAAACUGUUGUGUGUGCUGGGGAGAGGGAGACCAAAACAGUUGAGCUCAUGAUUGACAGGGAAAUGAUGUCACGAUUACCUCAACGUCAAGAACGUAUCUACCUAAAUCUGGUGGCAGAGAGCCGCUCCUUCGGUGACAGGAAGCAAACAAGGGUCCUAGUAUCAAAUCGCAGAGGCAAUAUCUUCAUUCAGACCGAUCAGCCAAUGUACAGCCCAGGACAGACAGUGAAGUACAGAAUAUUCACUCUUGACCACACAUUCAGGCCUCAUGAGGAGGUGUUCCAGAUAUCUGUAGUUAAUGCUGCUGGAAACAGAGUAAUGAGGUCCCUUAAGACUGCAAGUGGAGGAAUAUUCAAAGGUGUAUUUCCCAUACCUGAUAUCGCUAAAAUGGGCACAUGGAAGAUUACAGCGCACUAUGAAGACGAUGAAGCUAACGCUGCUUCCAGAGAGUUUAAAGUGCAAAAAUUCGUUUUACCCACUUUUGAGGUGAACGUCGCAAUGAGGGAGAACUAUAUUUUGUUGAAUGCUGAACAGUUUCACUUCACCAUCUCAGCCAUGUAUUCAUAUGGUGAGAAAGUAAAGGGGGCUUACCACUGCCAAUUUGGAGUGGUAGAAAAAGGCAGUAGAAAUACGAAGCCUGUCUUCAUUAAGGGACUAGAGUUGACUGGUUCGGUCCAGGAUGGAACUGCAGAAGCUUCUCUCCAAAUGGAAGACUUAAAGUUGCGCCUCCAAGACCAGAAGAUUCAAACCCUCUCAGAGUUACAGCAAAAGGGAUCACGACUCUACUUGAGAGUAUUUGUCACCAACAUAGAAAGUGGUGAAUUACAAGAGGCAGAAGUUUACCUUCCUCUCAUCUCUCACAAAUACACCUUGGAUCUCUCUCGAACACGCUCACAUUUCCUUCCUGGAUAUCCACUAGAUGUGGCGGUGGUUGCACGUCUCCCAGAUGGCUCCCCUGCAGCUGGUGUGCUAGUACAGAUUAAUGUACCAGCAUCUAGUGAGAAAUCUUGGAAAGGCACCACUGACCAGGAGGGGGCAGUGUUUCCUGUGUUUAAUAUCCCCACUCCAGCUCAGAUUACUGUUGAAGUGUCGGCAGAAGGAUCUCAGCAGAGGAAAGUACUUCAACCUACUUCAUCCCAGAGUAACAGCUACCUUUACCUGAGUUUUACUAACAAGAUAUACUCUGUGGGUGACUUACUAACUGUAAAUUACAACACCAUCAAAGCCCAGGAGCGUGGGUUUAUAUACUACAUGGUCUUAAGCCGAGGGGUCCUCGUAAAAAAAGGUUCUCUCACAAUGGGCACUUUGGUAAGAGAUAACCUGCAGAUAACGGCCGACAUGGUGCCAUCCUUCCGUCUGAUUGGCUACUGCUACGACCGGAAUGGUAACAUCAUUGCUGACUCGGUGUGGGUAGAUGUCAGGGAUGAAUGUGAGAUAAACGUCAAGGUAGAGCAAAAAGGACCGUUUCUACCUGGAAGACAGUCUGAGCUGCAAGUUGAUUUACAUGGUCAGAAAGCCAGAGUGGCUUUGCUGGCUGUGGAUAAGGCCUUCUACGGUCUCCACGCUGAUAAUAAACUCACCGCCAAACAGGUGUUUUCCACCAUGCAGUCAUAUGACCUGGGCUGCUCAUACAGCGGAGGAUCUGACCCUGCAUCUGUGCUAACAGAUGCUGGACUGUCUUUUGUGUCUCGGUCGCAGUCAGAUUAUAAAAGGAAUCUUGGCUGUCAUUCACAACCUGCACGACAGAGACGCUCUGUGGACCUUCAACAGGAAAUGAUGGCCCUAAAGUCAAACUUUUCUGAUGAAAAGUUGCAAGAAUGUUGCGCUCACGGGUUUUCUCUCAUCCCUAUGAGACUUACAUGCAAGGAAAGAGCGCAGAGAGUGUCUCGGGUGGCGACAGCUCCUCUUUGUGCAGAAACCUUUUUGAGCUGCUGCCUCGAAGGAGAGCGUCUGCGACAAAAAAAGAUAGAAGAGGACGCCCAGAAAGAGCUUGGCAGGACUGCAAGCAUAGAUGACAUUGAGCAGUUCUUCAUGGACACGGCUGCUCAGUACAUUCGACGAUUUUUCCCCCCAAGCUUUUCCUUCAUAGAAUUUGAUGUAAAUGACAAAGGAAGGCAUUUUUUGUUUCUACCUGAUUCCAUCACCACAUGGGAGGUCCAGCUUGUCACUCUGUCUCCAGCCACUGGUUUCUGUGUCGUUAAGCCGUCUGAGGUCAGAGCAUUCAAGAAUAUAUUCGUGUCUCUGAGACUGCCUUACUCAGUGAGGAAAUAUGAGCAAAUAUCCAUUUCGCCUGUUAUCUACAACUAUGGGUUUGACCCACUACAGGUGGCAGUUCAUAUGGAGCAAACUGAGGGACUUUGUUCCCCCGGCUCAGCCACCACUACAGCUUUUGUUAACAUCACUGUGGAGCCACAGUCUUCCAAGGUCGUCUCCUUCUCUGCUGUCCCCAUGGUAAUCGGCUCUAUACCCAUCAAAAUACGUCUCUACGAUAUGGAGAGUGAGGUGGGAAUAGAUGCAGUUGAGAAGACUUUGAAAGUGCUGACAGAAGGACUAGAAAAGAGAGUAGAAGAAACCAAAGUCUUUAAAUUAGAUGGGAAGAGCACUAAGAAUUUUAUUAUUGAUGGAUCUUUACCAUCUGACACAAUCCCAGACUCCAGCUCUAGUAUUUUCAUUUCAGCAGAAGGGGAUGGAUUUGGCAGUUCACAUGCAAAGAACCUCCUUUCUCCUGCAAAGGUUGCAAACCUGAUCGUAUUACCUACUGGAUGUUUAGAACAGACAAUGACAAAACUGGCCCCUACAGCUUCUGCCAUCCGCUACCUCGACCUGAGUGAGCAGUGGUUCGACCUGCCUCCUGGUUCCAGGGAUGGUGCUCUUGAUAACCUUGAGAAAGGUUAUAUUCGUAUUUUAGGAAAGGAGCACCCCAAUGGCGCUUAUGGACCAUGGCGGUCUGUUCCAUAUAGUAAUUGGAUGACUGCUCUUGUAGUGAAAGUGCUAUCGAUGGUGGCCGAGCGUCAGACCGUGGCUUUCGGACAGCAGGGCAGGAGGGCCAGGCUUGUGCCGCUCGAAGAGAUCAGAAACUCAGUUCGAUACUUGCUUUCAGUAGAGAAAACUGAUGGUUCAUUCGGUGACCCAAAUCCAGUGCUGCACAGACAAAUUAUGGAAGACGCAGACAGAAGAGCAUCAAUGACGGCUUUCAUAACUCUUGCACUGAAACGGUCCCUUCCAUUUCUGGACACCGAAGGGAGAAAUAACGCGGAAGCCAGUAUUUCAAGAUCAACAACAUAUCUCCAGUCAAGCCUGAAGGACCUUCAACAUCCCUACGCUGUAGCCAUUACAGCCUACUGCCUCUCAGCUUGCCUGCCAAAGGGAACAGAUCAUUCAUCCACCUGGACAAAACUUCAAGCACUGGCUACUGAAGGGGAGAAUGGCUGUCAUCUGUGGACAACUGAUCCCAGCCCGCAGAAUCAAAAGAUGUCGAAUACCAUCACAGUAGAUGCUACAGCUUAUGCUCUCCUAACUGCAGUGGAACUUGGGCAUACUAGUUCGGCAGACAAAAUAGCCUGCUGGUUAACCACCCAAGAAAACUAUUUUGGAGGCUUCAAAUCGUCACAGGACACCAUGAUGGCAUUAGAAGCCCUCGCUGAGUAUGAGCUUAAGAGGGACACCAGUCCCGAUGCAAAUCUAAUAGCAGAGUUCAGAGUUUCAGGAAAGACAGAGAUUUUGAAGCUUGCACUGGAAAAAAAGAAGGACAAGGUGGAGACAGACCUUAAGAUAUUUUCAGGAAACAACAUUCUUGCGGAACUUACCGGAACAGGCAAUGUCAAGCUGAAGAUUGUGAAGGCGUACCAUCUCCUCGACCCCAAGGACGACUGUGACCAAGUGUCUAUCAGCGUCACAGUGGAGGGAAAAGUGAAGUACACUGCCAAGAUCAUAGAAACUUACGAAUACUAUGAUGACUACAGCAACAACGAGGAGACGGAGACACGAGUGCCACGAUCAGCGAUCGAGUGGUUUGAUGCUCGCACACGAAACAGGAGAGAUCUUGAGAACAAGUUAGAUGUAGGCGAGGGUGUCACCUACAGAGUCUGUGUCAGUCAUAGCCUGAACAGAAAUCUCUCAGGAAUGGCCAUUGCUGACAUCACACUUCUGAGUGGAUUUGAAGCUGUAACUGAGGAUCUGGACAAGCUAAAAGCAGGACCUGAACAAUACAUUACCCAUUAUGAGGUGUCCCAUGGAAGAGUGGUGAUCUACUUCAAUGAGCUCUUUGAAUCAGAGGAAUGCAUUAAAUUUGAUGCGAUCCAGAGGGUACCGAUCGGCCUUCUACAGCCUGCUCCAGCUGUCUUCUAUGAUUAUUAUGAACCAAGUAAAAAGUGCACCGUGUUCUACUCCGCCCCCCAAAGAAGUAAGGUGGUCUCCAAACUAUGUUCAGAGGAUGUGUGCCAGUGUGCAGAAAGACCCUGCCAUAAAAUACGAAAUACAUUCCAAUUGCAAAGAGGUCGAAGAGUCACAAAGAGUGAUCGUUUACAACAUGCUUGCUUCUUCCCUGUAGUAGAUUACGCGUAUGUUGUUGAAGUCUUCAAUGUUUCUAUGAAGAGCAACUUUGAGCUGUACAAAAUGAAUGUGAAGGAGGUCCUCAGAUCACAUGGAGAUAUCCUUGUGCGUGAGAGUUCUGUUCGAGUGUUUGCUAAAAGGCGUCAGUGCAAAGGACAGUUAGACUUGGGAAAACAGUAUCUCAUCAUGGGCAAAGAUGGCUCCACAACCGACUCACAUGGAAUGAUGCAGUAUCUGUUGGAAUCAAACACCUGGGUUGAAAGAGAGCCUUCGCCUGAAGAAUGUAAAAAAUCUGCACAUAGACUCGCCUGCAAAGAGUUUAUUGCAUUUGCAGAUGAGUACAAGAUUGAUGGCUGCAGACAGUGAAGCAGAAAUCUGUUUCAUUUCACUUUCACAUGAGAUGCACAUGCAUGUCAUCACAUGGCAUUAAGAGCUCUUUCUUUAUUGUUCAUAAUCAAAAUGAUUAAAGCAUAGUAAAAGGAACAUUAUUGCUUGCCGGACUCCACCACAGCAUCAUUUAAAAUUUUACUACCUACAAUGUAACCAUUAUGUCUUUAUGUCCAAUUCAGCAACCAGUGUUUAAAUAAACAAUUACCCCAUAA